UCACCACCCGCCGAGCUGUAUACCACCCUGCAAGCGAACCAUGUUUGGCUGGCGAGCGUAUUUCUGGCCGACAAGAUCGCGCUGGGAUCGAUCAACGUCGAUGAAUGUCGGGUAGCGGAGCUCGGAGCGGGCGCGGGUCUGCCGGGCAUAAUGGCGUGCAUAUCUGGCGCGGAAGUCAUAAGCUCAGACUGGGACACGCCGACCGUCAUUGGAGCAAUCAAGGAGAACUUUGGUGGGGCGUGUAAAGAGGGGAAAUGGGCGGUAGUGGGCCAUACAUGGGGCACGCCAGUCGCGCCCCUGCUCCGAGCUCUGCUCUCAGGCGGGGAGCGGCGUUUCGACAUACUGUUCUUGGCCGAUACUCUCUGGGUGACCGACGCCCAC